UAUUAAAUCUGAUAUAGAUAUGGGAUUGUUUAAUUAAUUUGCCCAGUCUAUUAAGUGGAGAUGUUGCGGGUAGUCAGUCUGUUCCUUUUCAUCGGAUUGGCUUUGGCCAAACACGAGAUUUAUGAUGGAUACGGGCUAUACAAAGUGACAGUGAAGUCCACAGAUCAAACUGAACUGGUCAACUACCUCAGUCAUGCCUUAGACCUUGACGUCUGGUCUCAUGCACUGCCAGGCCGCGCUGGACAAGUCUUGGUACCCAAGGAGAAGAAGGUGCAGUUCCAAAAUGAACUUAAAGCCGCUGGAGUAGAGUUCAAUGUUGAAACUGACAAUAUUAAGGAUCUGCUGGAUUUGGAAGACAGUCUUCUGUCAGCAGCUUCAAAGAAUAACAAUGCUUCAAGACUGGACUCUCUGCCCUUCGACCAGAUUUACACAUAUCACCAGGUAGAUACUUUCCUAGACAUGUUGGCUGAAGCAUAUCCUGAGACGGUGACCCUUGUGAACGCUGGCAAGAGUUUCGAAGGCAGAGACAUCAAGUACAUCAAGAUUUCUACCAGUAACUUCGAGGACACCAACAAACCCAUAGUCUUCAUGGAAUCUUUACUCCACGCUCGUGAAUGGAUUACCCUUCCCGCUACUCUCUAUGCCAUCCAUAAGCUGGUGAUUGAUGUUACGGAGCAGGACCUGGUGAGGGACAUCGACUGGAUUAUCCUGCCGAUCGCCAACCCUGAUGGAUAUGUUCAUACUCAUGGAGAGUUCCGUCUUUGGCGCAAGAACCGCAGCACGAACUACGGUCCCCUCUGCGUUGGAGUCGACUUGAACAGGAACUUCGACAUCCACUGGUCCCAAGCCUCCAGCAGCCUCGUCUGCAGUGACACCUUCCACGGAGCCUCCCCCUUCUCCGAACCCGAAACUGCCAUUAUCAAGUCCAUCUUCGACCAGUACGGAGACAGGAUCGAGCUGUUCUUAGACAUCCAUAGCUUUGGCAGCAUGAUUCUGUAUGGAUAUGGCAAUGGAGUCUUGCCUCCGAAUGGCCUGCUUGUCCAUUUGGUGGGAGUCCAAAUGGCUCAAGCUAUUGAUGCUGUUAAGAUGAGCUGGAAUAAUGACUAUAUUGUUGGUAAUGUUGCUCUAGUUCUGUACCAGGCAUCAGGCAGUGCUGGGGACUACGCCCAAAGUGUAGGAGUCCCUUACUCCUAUACCUACGAGUUACCUGGACAUAGAUUUGGUAUCGGUGGUUUCGGGUUCUUUGUAGACCCUGCGUUCAUUGAACAGGCUGGCUUUGAGACCUUUGAAGGUAUUAAAACUGGUGCCAGAUAUGUUCGCGAUAAUUUCAGGAAGAGGACUCUUUAAAUGGAUUUUCGGUGAUUUUGAAAUGUAUUCUUCUUUUGUACAUAUUGUAUUUAUUUAAAAAAGAACUUUAUAAA